CUGGCGCAUGCGCUAUGGUGUCCCUGUUCACGGAAACGCUUGCGUUGUUUUUUCAACUGUAGAGAAUGUAAAUAGAUGACAAACCAAAAAAAAAUCCCCAAUGAACAGCAUGCUCAGCUAUGUAUUAAUCGCGUUUGUAUCUGUGUUACUGGCAGUGCUGUUCAUUCCUCGCGAGUGGUCCGUUACAUUUGGAUAUAAGUCAAGCCAGGGGCCCUCGGCCCGGCUCCUGAGCAAGCGUGAAUUAUCUCUGUACGACGGGGAGGAAGGCAGCAAGGGCCUUUAUCUGGCUAUACUGGGGCAGGUGUUUGAUGUAAGCAGGGGCCACAAGCACUAUGGACCUGGUGGUGCUUAUCACGUUAUGGCAGGCAAAGAUGCCUCACUGGCCUUCAUUACCGGAGACUUUACAGAGAGCGGCCUGAUAGACGAUGUGUCCAGUCUGUCCCCACUACAGGUGGUGGCGCUGUAUGACUGGCUGGCCUUCUAUCAGAGAGACUACCGAACUGUGGGUGUGGUAAUAGGCCAGUUCUACAGCGACACUGGCCAGCCCACGCAGGCACUGUUGCAAGUGGAGGCAUCACUAGCAGAGGGGCAGCGAAUCAAGGCCCAGUCUGAGGCUGAGAUGGUUCGCUUCCCUGCCUGCAACUCAGAAUGGAGUGCUACCAGGGGAGGAAGAGUCUGGUGUUCCACUAAGAGUGGUGGAGUAGUACGAGACUGGACAGGUGUCCCACGGAAGCUGUUCUCUCCAGGCUCCAGCAGUGUUCGCUGCGUCUGUGUCGAAGACCAAUCUGCAGCAGACGAAGACCCAAAUUUGCAGAAAUAUGACAGGUGCCCUCCACAUGCUGACUCAUGCUAUGUGGGAGAGUACUAAUCUGUGGACCAGCCCAGAAAAUGGACCCACUCACAGCUGUUUUGUAGCAGCACAACACUCAGGGAAACAGGGCUUUUAGCUCAUAAAAAUCACAGCAGUCAACUUUUCCUUUUCUUUUCUUAACAAUAAAGAGGCAGAAUGAGGAAAUCUCAA